UCUACUGCAUUUUGGAUGAGACUAUUUUGGACUUUUCGUAGACAAAUUUCUUCUGUUAACACUACCAAUUUCAAAUUACCUACCCCAGUUCAACUCAACCAUUUGCUUCAACUCUGCAGCAAUUCUAAAGCGCUAAACCAAGGAAAACAGGCCCAUCAGCAAAUCAUCAUUAAUGGGCUUCAACAGAAUUAUUUCAUGUCUACCAAAUUGGUUCAAAUGUAUGCAGAUUGCAACCAGAUAGAGAUCGCCCGCCUGUUGUUUGACAAAUUGUCUGGACCAAACGUGUUCGCUUGGACUGCUAUCAUUUCGUUCUACUCACGAAAUGGGAUUUUUAACGAGUGCAUAUUCACUUACAAAGAAAUGAAAUUCAAGGGUGUGUUGCCUGAUAAUUACGUGUUUCCGAAGGCUUUGAAAGCGUGCGCUGUGAGUUUGCAUUUAGAAGUUGGCAUUCAGCUUCAUAAAGAUGUAAUUGUGUGCGGAGUGGAAAGUAAUGUCCAGGUUUGCAAUGCUUUGAUUGAUAUGUAUUCAAAAUGUGGGGAGGUUGGUUCUGGAAGGUUGGUUUUUGAUCUUAUGGUGGGGAGAGAUUCGUUGUCAUGGAAUGCAAUGAUUUCAGGGUACGUAUAUAAUGAAUUUGCUGAGCUGGCUGUGGAAAUGCUGGGGUCUAUGAGAUUGGAUGGGAUGGAGCCUGAUAUUGUAGCUUGGAAUUCUGUAAUGGAUGCUUAUUGUCGAAUGGGGCAAUGUGACGACGCAUUGAUAAUAUUUAGGCAGAUUGAGGAACCUACUGUAAUAUCAUGGACAAUUUUGAUAUCUGGUUAUUCUAGAAUAGGAAAACAUGUAGAAGCUCUGGAUCUUUUUAGGAAUAUGGUGCACCGAGGAAAAGUUUGUCCAGAUGUAGACUGCCUUUCCAGUGUCCUUGCUGCCUGUCGACAAUCUGGGGUGUUAAGAUUUGGACAAGAGAUUCAUGCUUCUGGGAUUAAAGUUCAAAUAGGGAAUGCAUUUUACAAGUCAGCUGGGCCUGCCUUGGUUGCCCUAUAUGCCAAGUGUGGGAGAACUCAAGACGUAGAGCAUGUAUUUGGGUUGAUGGAUACGUCUGAUGUUGUUACUUGGAACGCCAUGAUUCUUGGCUUUGCCGAAUUAGGAAGGGUGGAUUCGGCUGUGAAGUGCUUCACAGACAUGCAAAACAUGGGAAUUAAGAAUGAUCACACAACAGUUUCCACUCUUUUGCCGGUAUGUGACCUGAAACUCGGGAAACAAAUCCAUGCCUACAUUAUAAAAGACAAUUUUACUCUAGCAAGUCCGGUUUGUAACGCACUCAUUCACAUGUAUGCCAAAUGUGGAGAUGUUGAUAUUGCCUAUUCGGUAUUUUCUCAAAUGGAAUCGAGGGAUUUGGUAUCAUGGAAUACAAUGAUUCGAGCCUUUGGAAUGAAUAGCUGCGGCCAAGCAGCUGUUAAACUCCUUGAAGAGAUGUGUAGUUCUGGUGUUAGCCCCAACUCUUUGACAUUCGCUUCUGUGCUGUCAGCUUGCAGUCAUUCUGGUCUUGUAAACGAGGGUCUCAAGAUUUUUGACAGGAUGAGCACUGAUUUUGGCUUCAAACCUCAGACAGGACACUUUACAUGUCUUGUUGAUUUACUAGCACGGGCUGGUCAGCUUGAUGAUGCUGUUGACUUCAUCAGAAAAAUGCCUCAUGGGCCUGAUAAACAUAUCUGGGGUUCUGUACUUGCUGCCUCUCUGGAACAGCAAAGCAUAAGUAUUGGAGUCCUGGCUUCAGAACAUUUGGUCCAUCUGGAGCCAGAAAAUGCCGGACACUACGUGACAUUGUCAAAUUUAUAUGCUAAAGCUGGAAGACCAGAUGAUGCUGUGAGAGUACGGAGGUUAAUGGAAAGCAGAGGAUUGGUCAAGCAAUUUGGAUAUAGCAGUGUCAGUAGUGGAAGCUGAAUUAGUGGCACCAUUCAAUUCUCAAAGGGUUUGUUCAAGGCAUCUGUGACUCGAAAGGUUAUCAGUCAAUAGUGCCUCAAGAAAUGCGACCGAGGAUUUGAAGCCAAGGAAAUGCCAUCUUUGUAACUUUCAUCUAGGAAUGUAAAUUCAAUAUUUUCUUGAGCGCGGAUGUGCUAAAAUGUAGUGAUUAGUAUGUUUCCAAACGUGGUCAAAUAAGAUGAUUGAACAAGUAUAAACUAGACUAAUCUCGGAUUAAAGGUUAGCUGUAUGAUGACCAAGCCACAAAGCUGGGGUACAUACCAAGCCCCCAUAAUAUUAUAGAAUUGAAGCAAAGUACA